UCGCACUAAGCUCUUGAUCCCAAGCAUCGCCAUAUUGACGUCCCAACAACGCUGAGAGGAGAUACUGCCUUGGUGUAGCCCCCAGUGAUGACUGUAUUGAACCCUGUACCUCCUGAUUAGACUGGUUGGAUGUCCCCAUUUAACAUUCAGCUUACUUACAACAGAGGCAUCUCAACUGCUCUUGUUCCAACUCAUCUGUCAUCAUCAUCCUGGAGGGAACCUCCCAGGAGAUUUAGAGAAGAUCCUGUGUAGAAUAUGUCUGGCCCUGUUCCAAGCCGCUCUCGAGUUUACCCCGAUGUAAACACACAGAGACCUCGAGAAUACUGGGAUUAUGAGUCCCACGUUGUUGAAUGGGGGAACCAGGACGACUAUCAGCUUGUCAGAAAACUAGGGAGAGGCAAAUAUAGUGAAGUGUUUGAAGCCAUAAACAUCACAAACAAUGAAAAGGUGGUCGUCAAAAUACUGAAGCCGGUGAAGAAAAAGAAAAUCAAGAGAGAAAUAAAAAUCCUGGAGAAUCUGAGGGGUGGCCCAAAUAUCAUCUCACUGUUAGAUAUCGUCAAGGAUCCUGUGUCCCGAACCCCUGCUCUGGUUUUUGAACAUGUGAACAACACAGACUUCAAGCAAUUGUAUCAAACCCUAUCUGACUUCGACAUACGGUUCUACAUGUAUGAAAUCUUAAAGGCUCUGGAUUACUGCCACAGUAUGGGGAUAAUGCACAGAGACGUCAAGCCACACAACGUAAUGAUUGAUCAUGAACACAGAAAGCUCCGCCUAAUCGAUUGGGGCUUGGCAGAAUUCUACCACCCAAACCAAGAAUACAACGUGAGAGUGGCAUCCAGGUACUUCAAAGGACCUGAACUGCUGGUUGAUUACCAGAUGUAUGACUACAGCUUGGACAUGUGGAGUUUGGGUUGCAUGUUGGCCAGCAUGAUCUUCAGAAAGGAGCCUUUCUUUCACGGUCAUGACAACUAUGAUCAGCUUGUGCGAAUUGCGAAAGUACUCGGCACAGAGGACCUGUACGACUACAUUGACAAGUACAACAUUGAAUUGGAUCCACGGUUCAAUGACAUCCUGGGAAGACACUCCCGUAAAAGGUGGGAGAGGUUUGUGCACAGUGAGAACCAGCACCUGGUCAGCACAGAGGCCCUGGAUUUCCUGGACAAACUGCUGCGCUAUGACCAUCAAGCCCGCCUCACAGCCAGAGAGGCCAUGGAUCAUCCCUACUUCUAUCCCAUCGUUAAAGAUCAGGGAAGGGGGGCCACUCCUGGAGGGAUGGCUGCCAGCUCCACACCAGUCAGCUCCUCAAGUAUGAUGGCCGGCAUCACCUCAAUGUCCUCCUCACAGCCUCUCGCUAACAUUGCUGGAUCACCUGUCAUCUCUGCCCCCAAUACUCUGGCCACACAAGUCCCUGCAGCCACCGGGGCCCAACCCUGAAGCCACUUCCUCACCUGUGUUUAUGUGUGCUCAUGGCCAUGUCCUGCCUAGCUCUCACUGCGGCCCAGGGCCAUGGCUCCCCUUUUUAUGUUGAAAAUAACAAAGAAGAAGAUUUAAAUUGCUUUUCACAUUCAGUUAUAUUUUGACACCUGGACUUGACAGAAAUGUAUUGUUGCACCUGUCAGGAUUAUUAGAAUUAAUUUGGGUGUGUUAUUUGACAAUGCCAUUGUCUAGAAAUUCUAAUAAGAUGUAGACAUGAAGAGAAUGGAUAAUAAAAUUUAUUUUGUAUGUUCCAAAUAUACAGUCUUGCUUGAAACUGUUUGAUGGGGAUCCUGCUGUAUUACACUGUGAACCUUUACACGACUUCACAAAACAGAGUCAGGAAUCUGGUGUGCCCCACCUAACAGUGCUCAAUGGUUGCACACAAUGUAAUGUGCAGGAGUUGUUGGUGUUUUGAAGUUGUUAGUUGCUAUCAUUCUUUAAUUGGACUUUUGUAGAUAUUCUACAGUUACUGUCAGGUUGCAUGCACCCAAUGCUGAAUAUCACAGGGUCAAUAGUUUGCCAAUUUUAUGUUACUUUCACUUCUGUAUGUGUAUGUAUGUGUUCAUGUAUGUUUUUUAUGAAGUCUCUUACACAUGAUUUUGAUUACAUAGACAAUUUUGUAACUUUUUGUUUUAUGUUGGGAGGAGUCAUCACCUACAAAAAAACAACUUCAAAAAUAAACAAUUUAAA